AUGUCUGCAAUGGACAUCAAGACGCGCUUCGAGGCGCUUUCACAAUCGGCAUUCCUCGACGUCCAUCUGCCCAAAUCCUCAGACCUUGACGCCGGAGCGCUCAUUCGCGAUGGAUCCCCUGACGAGGUCUCGCGAGCACCUGCACGACGAAACCUCUUCUUCGAUGAACAAGCAAGCCUGCUCGUGGUGCUCAAGACCUCGGCCAGCGAAUACGAAGUACGCGACAUUCUCCCGGAUAUCGAAUUGGUCCUAGGCGCUCAUGCUACGGAUGCUGUACCUCAAGGCAGUGGAAAUGCUGCUUCAGCCCAAGGGAAACAUGACCUGGGCUCGAAGUCAUUCCCUGGAAGCAGUUGCACGGAUCUCGUGGCCACCGAAGGCAGAACCUACGUAACAUGGAAACCGACACUUCAUCUCUCUCGGCCUAGAGCCCGGCUCCAGCGUCCAGCGAUCUACUUUACGGCCAAUGUCACCACCAGCAGUGGAGGGAAGGGGACGAAUUCAGUUGGCCAGAAGGAAUACCUCAAAAGCUUCGAACCGCUCCCUUCCAAUGUGCUGGAACCUCUUCAAUUCGACCCGGCCCUGCAUGGGCCCAAAGUAUCACUGGCUGAAUCAAGGAUCACAAAAGUUGCGCCCAAAGCAACGCAUCUGAAAGAUGCUGUCAAACCCAUUAGAGGCGCUUCCAAGCGAGCCUUUCCUGCAGUUCCGGCACUUUUCAGCAAGAUCAGAUAUUCUGCUUUGCCGGACGCUAUGAUUGCCAGCCUUCACCUAGAAACUUCUCAUAUCAUUGCCGGAACAGUUACCAUCACCGCGGUAGACCUUGACGUGCCUCACACCAAGAUCGAACAUUUGACGAACGUUGCCUUACCUCUCGACACCCGCGGCGGGGACGAAACGAUAAUAUUGUACAAACUUGCCGCGUUAGAGAGCGAGAAGCCAUCAGCAGCUCCUGCAGCAACUCUAGUUUCCAUUGCAAUAUCCGCAGAGGCCACUCUCGAUCAGGGAUCUAACAUCAAGUUCAGCAUCAACUGGCAGGCACAAGUGGACCUCUCACAAACACUGCCAAAGCCGGUGUAUCGUUGGUCUCGGCCUCUCAGCACUAUGUCUGGACAUCAUCGAGGGCUCUCAACGCAGUCAAAUCCCAGUGUAGCAACGAUGGAUACGUUUCCGAAGGCGAGCGAGGGAGGGGCAUCUGGGAUUACAUUCAGCUUCUCGGCUGCAGCAACCACACACAGAAACGAGGAGCUGAAGUUGAAUGUGCAUUGUAACAACCGCUCCGGUCGAACACGCAGAUUCGGACUGAUGAUGCUUCGGCCUCGGAAAUCUCGAACAGCGACCAUGUCUCAAGCAACUACCAUCGAUGCCGAUUUGAUAGCCAACAUCUUCAAUGCACCGCUUUUGGAGAGAACGAAGCCACCCGAUGUCCACGACCUCAACGCCGAUGUUCGAAUUGGUCCCUUACCCACCGGCGCUUGCUUCGAGGCCCAUUUGAGGUUUCGGGUCCUGAAGACAGGAGUACUGGACCUGGGUGUUCUGAGGAUUCUGGAUCUGGACACCCGGCAAACGGUCGAUGUGAGGGAGCUGCCCGAUGUCGUUGCUUUGGAAGCAUCGGAUGAGGAAGUGUAA